CUUGAAUAUAACGUUCCUCAUGGUAAAUUGAAUCGUGGAUUGGCUGUUGUUGAUACUUUGUUGAUUUUGAAUAAUUAUCAAAUUUCUCAAGAAGAUUUCAAGUUGGCUAGUAUUUUGGGUUGGUGUAUUGAAUUCCUCCAAGCAUUCUUCUUGAUUGCUGAUGAUAUUAUGGAUGCUAGUGUUACUAGACGUGGUCAACCUUGUUGGUAUAAAUUGAAUGAUGUCAAGAUGACUGCUUGUAAUGAUUACUUGAUUGUUGAAUCUCAAAUUUACAUUAUUUUGAAGAAGUAUUUCAAAAAUGAUUUAUAUGUACCACUCGUUGAUUUGUUCCAUCAAGUCAGUUAUAUGACUGAAUUGGGUCAAUUGCACGAUUUGAGAUCUCUCCCACCAAACGUUGAUAAGAAUUCUUCUGAUGAAAUUCCAUUCCAUACUUUCACUAUUGAAACUUAUUCAUUGAUUGUCAAGUACAAGACUGCUUUCUACAGUUUCUACUUGCCAUUGUACUGUGGUUUGAUUUUGAGUGGUAAAUUGGAUGAAAAUAUUAGAAAGCAAACUUUGGAUAUUUCAAUUGCUAUGGGUGAAUACUUCCAAAUUCAAGAUGAUUAUUUGGAUUGUUAUGGUGAUCCAGAACACAUUGGUAAGAUUGGUAGAGAUAUUGAAGAUUGUAAAUGUUCAUGGAUGGUUGUUAAUGCUUUAAAGUUGGCCAAUGAAGAACAAUUGACUGUCCUCAAGUCUAACUAUGGUAAGGAAGAACCAGAAAAGGUUAAAUUGGUUAAGGAAUUGUAUGCUCAAUUGAAUUUGGAACAAUUGUACAAGGAUUAUGAAAAGUCUGCUAUUGAAUCUAUGAAUCAAUUGAUUGCCAAGGUUCCAGAAGUUAUCAAUAAGGAUAUUUACAAGACAUUGUUGUCUAAGAUUGCUAAUAGAACCAAGUAA